UGUAAAUAGAUAGUACGUAAAAGUAAUUACAUGUAAUAAUUAAUUUAAUAUAUGUCUGUGUACCUAUAAUAAGUAUAGUGUUAUAGUGGGUAGGGUAGAUCGAAUAGAUAUAAAAUUUUAAACAGUAGGUAUCUAUACCUAUACUUUUAUAUGUUUAUGAAAAUAUAUAAUUAUGUACUUAUUUCUUAUAAUAUACUAUGUUUAUAAAAAUAAUUCUAGAAAAAUAGGCAUUCGGUAGGUAUAAAGGUAAGUAAUUAAUGAUCAAAACAUAUAGAUCGCACUACACAAUGAACUUCCCAUAACUGUAAGAGGAGUUUACUAGCUCGGCUAUUAGAUGCAAGAAUGUUAGAUAGUAUUUCGAUUCAUCAGAAGUCAGUACAAAUAUCACUUGCAAAGUGUAUGAACAUACCGUAACAUAAUUUUGCGAGAAUUAUUGUAAGGCGUUUUUAAAAAAAAACCUGAAGAAAAUGGGUGUUACAAAAUGGAUAAUAAUAUGUUUCCUUGGAUUAUGGUGUUACAAUGUGAAUGCUCAUUACCCAUUUUUGCGUGUUCUAAACGGAUCACCUACAACAAUACAGCAGUACCCUAUACUGGCUCAACUAUUGUUGGACGCGUGGGGCAAUCAACAGUUUGUUCAACAUUGCGCAGGCGUUAUUCUGACAUCACGGCAUUUGAUAUCUGCAGCUCAUUGUUUUCAAUACAAUAAAGAUACUGGGAGAAAUUAUUCAAUACCGCAAUAUUGGAAGGUCCGUGUUGGCUCGACCUACCGUACCCGAGGUGGAGUUUUGCACAAAGUUAAGUCCAUCAUACCACAUUAUGGAUUUGACAAACGCUAUUAUACAAAUGACAUAUCCGUUGUAGUCGUAGCCAAGAAAUUCACGAUAGGAAAUCUAAUUCGGCAAGGCACUAUCAUAAAACCAGAAAGCGAACUUUCACCUAAUUCUGUAUGUACAUUGGUCGGAUGGGGUUCUACUGAGAGAGAUGGUCCACAACCAGAUCAACUUCAACAAACGAUGAUGUUGGUGAUAGAUCAAGGAUACUGCAAAUCACAAUAUCAGACUAUUGGAGCUAUAAUAGCAGAUUCAAUGUUAUGUGCGGGCCGAACAGAUGUAGAUGGAGUUGAUGGGUGCUUUGGUGAUUCAGGAGGGCCCUUAAUUUAUAAAGGCGUUGUGGUUGGCCUUGUAUCAUUUGGUUAUGCUUGUGGACUGAAAUACUAUCCUGGUGUUUAUACAAAAGUAUCCCAUUAUACAGAUUGGAUUGUAAAAACGAUAUCAUACAACAAAUAGGUUUCGUUUUAAUUGGUAUACGUUGUAAAAUACUCCGAAUUAUUUUUGUAAAAUUAUGAAACUACCUUUAUAUAUCGCAUCGUUAAAAAUAUUUAGUUUAUAAAAUUUUUAU